UUUUACACAUAGCACUGCACGGCACACACCACCACACAGAUAUACCACACCCUUCACCAUGAAGUUUGGUAUGAGGCGGGCGUCUUUGGUCAUGCUGGCGAUUGUCUUGCGGCGAUCGGCGCAAGCUUUCACGGUCCCAAGCGUGAUGACCAUCAGACCUUCGCAGCAGGCGCAAGCGCAGCAACAACAUCCGCCCGCUUCUGGACAGGUAUUCGCCGCGACGGACGUUGUUCCUGCUUCCAAAGGGCAGGCGCCGCGGCCACGAGGGCAGUUGGAAAGGGCACUGCAAGGGGCGUCGUUCGCGGCAGCAACAGGGUUUGCGGGAGCGUCCAGUGUGCUAGCAGAGUACAUUGAUCCGGACGAUGUCGGUGAAGUCGUCAGUAGCGACCUUCCGCCGAUGUGGGUGCCGCUCGCAGUCGGCUUCGUUCUCACGCUAGGCAUCGGCCUGCUUCAGGGCAGCCUGGGGGACGUUAUGAACGACGAGGCCAAGCUCGGGGCAUUGUCAGGCGCGAGAGCUGCCAAGCAAAGUGCCCGCGACCGAGACAUGUUCAAGAAGAAAGGCCCAAAAUAGUCGGCUAUGAGCCAACAUUGUGGGGAAAGAGAUAGGUAGAUAAACUGGCAUGGUUCAAAUGGGGGCAUGGGGGCCGUGUCUGUAAACCCCCUUGUAGAUUUUGGAUGUGUUUGAGACUCUACUGUAGUGCGUUGUUGAGAUUUGUCUCGGCGCGACAAUGGCUGUGGCCGGCGUGAUUUGUCCAGGCUCUCCAGAGAGUGGACGCAGGCGAAAUUCGGUCGGGGGGUGUUUUUUGUGCCUAUUGAAAGUUGAGGAAGAGCUGUAUACAUCGAUCCUUUUUGCGGAAGCCAGGUAACCAGGACUUUUCUCCCUUUGUACAGACAUUCAACACCGGGAAGAGAUCUGGAAAGCUGACGGAUAGAUUUCCUUCGGUCCGGGGGUUUUGCCAAGAACGGUCCACGAAAUGCAGCAAACAUCCGGGAUGGAUCUUUAAUAUAGGAAAGGGUGUUGAUGAAAGCACACCUAGCUUACACAUUGUAAGUGCCUUCGGCCGCACCCUUGGCAUUUCUCGCCGCAUAUGUAUCACGAGAGAAAGCGCCCCCCCCCGUUGGCAGACCGUUAAACUACCGGGAUAGGGUUGGCAGACUGUGACUCAGUGGAGAUGGGGU